UGUGUUCGCGCUACGCGUCGACCAACCUGCCUCUUUCUGCAGCGAGCUGCUCUCCGCCAGCACCCUCCCCCGCCCUCUUCACCCACCCGAAGACCUCUACACGCGCGUGCCAUCCUCUCAGCGCGUGGCUCUCACACUAACCCCAGCACUAUUUCUCGAGUUACCGCAAGCCGCUGCCUCGCGUGCUAUCGUGGUCCAGUCGCUCGUCUUCCAGGUCCCGGCCAUCAUCUGCACUCGGCUCAUCCAACGAGUCCCUUGCACCCAAGGAACCGCCACAGCCGAUGGCCGCAAUCGAGUCUCCAAUACCGCCCUAUUCGACGCCCAACGGCGUCGCGCACGUCAAUGGGAACGGGAAUGGGAAUGGGAACCUUCAUGAUGGCUUGUCAGACGGUCCUGCACCUGCAUCCACGACGUUUGACCCCACUAUCUUCCGGUCGUACCUACUCGCCCUGUUACCGCCAAUGAUCGGCGCAUCCCCAGAAGAACUCGAGUCGCUCUUCGAUGACGAGUUCGACGAGCGCAUCCACCGGUUUGUAGGCGAGGGAGGCGGUGUGAUAUACGUCGUGAAGAAGAAGGACGAUGCUGAAGAGGAUGCCCCGCCAACAUAUACAUACAAGCUAACGGCGCAGAUGACUUACGACUCCACCCAUGUUAUGACUAUUGCUAUCAUGAAGCGGGGGCCCAUACUCGACCCAACAACGCCUCUCGCAACUCAGCUACACAUUCUCAACCUCUUCGGUGGGGAAGACACGCCGUACGAGAGCUUGCACUCCGUCGUCAGCUAUGCGGUCAAGCCUUGGUUCGAGGCCUUUGUUGGUGCUCGACAUGGAGGGAAAGACGGCGGUGACUCCAAGAUGGGUAUCCCGAUGACCAAGAAGAAGUUCGCGGAACUGGAAUUGUCUCUGCUGCAUCUACAGCAGAACGUCGAGAUACCAGAAACGCACCUUGUCAUCCAUCCCAUCAUCCAGAGGACCGUCGAGCAGGCCCGAGCGGAGGGUCGGCGACCGAGCAUUUCUGACAUUCCGUCAAAGCUUCUGAAUGACAGCACGUUCCUCAACACGCUUCACUCGCACGUGAACCAAUGGAUCAAGUCUAUCCAGACUGUGACGAAGCUGUCGCGAGACGUCUCGUCCGGUACGGCCUCCCAGGAAAUCAACUUCUGGCUUAGUCUGGAGCGAGCUCUCGAGGGUAUUGAGAACCAACUGCGCAGCGAGGAGGUUAGCAUAGUGAUGGAAUGUUUGCGCAACGCCAAGCGGUUCCACGCAACGGUCAGUUUCAUGACGGAUACAGGAUUGAAGGAUGCAACGGACACUGUCCACAAGUACAAUCAGCUCAUGAAAGAUUUCCCGCUGAACGAGCUGUUGUCUGCCACUGACCUCGACAAGAUCAACGAGGCUCUCGUCUUGAUCUUCGGCCACAUCAACCGCAAGCUGAAGCUGUCCCCCUAUCCUAUUCGCCGUGCACUCCCUCUAGUCGAAGCGAUCUCUCGUGAUUUCAACGACCAGCUCCUCCGAGUCCUCACCUCCCACCGUCUGCUCUACACUCCCUACGAGACGUUCGAGCGUCUGCUCGCGCAGACCAUGGAGAUCUUCCGGACAUGGGACGACAACAUCAAGGAGUUCACCAACGUCGCCCGUGAAGUCACCCGGAAGCGUAUGGAGAGGUUCAUCCCGAUCAAGGUCGUCCCUGCGCAUGCGAAGCUGCAGGACCGCUGCCGGUACCUCAGGGAUUGGCGCAAGCAGCACGAGCAGCUAGCCGUCAUGACGGGCCCCACGAAGGGUCUAGGAGGGGUCGGUAUGGAGAUUGGUGGUGUGGACAUGGAGGCGGAGGUCAAGGAUGCGUACGAGGUCAUGAAGCGGAUUGACGUCCUCGACGUUUCUGUCGAGGGAAGCGAGAUCUGGGUAGCAGCAGAGAACGCAUACAACGAGCGCGUUGCGCGCGUCGAGAACCAAAUCAUUGCGCGUCUGCGCGAUCGCUUGGGGACCGCGCGGAAUGCCAACGAGAUGUUUCGUGUCUUCUCCAAGUUCAACGCCUUGUUCGUGCGGCCAAAGAUUCGUGGUGCCAUUCAAGAGUACCAGACGCAGCUGAUCGACUCCGUGAAGGAGGAUAUCAAGCGGUUGCACGACAAGUUCAAGACGCAAUAUCGGUUCUCAGAAGCCUACCAUAUGUCGCAGAUGCGCGACCUGCCGCCUAUAUCCGGUGCCAUCAUCUGGGCUCGCCAAAUUGAUCGGCAACUGCAGACGUACAUGAAGCGUGUGGAGGACGUCUUGGGCAAGGGCUGGGAGCUCUACGCCGAAGGUCAAAAACUGCAGUCGGAGAGCGCAGCAUUCCGCAAGAAGCUGGACACCAGGCCCGUCUACGAUGCCUGGCUGCACGACAUCAACCGACGGGACAUGGGGGUCAACGGCCGGUUGUUCGAGAUCGUGCGGUUACGUGGAGGCGGGUUCCAGCUUGCGGUGAACUUCGACCCGCAGAUCAUCACGCUCUUCAAGGAAGUGAGGAAUCUGCUUUGGCAGAACUUCCAGGUGCCUCAUGCGAUCACGAACAUGGCCAAGGAUGCGAAACGCGUGUACCCUCAUGCCGUCAGUCUCAUGGAAACGGUUCGGACGUAUGGACAGACUUUGGACCUCGUCGAGAACAACAAGGGCAUUGAGUGGCUCGUUGCUGAGUACCGGAAUGAAGCCCAGCGCAUGGUCACACGAGGCAUGAACAUCCGCUGGGACCACUUUGUCAACCAAUAUGACACUGCACGGUACGUCUCGAGUCGGGAGGCUCAAGACAAUCGACAUCUUCAGUUUGUCCGAGAGUUUGCUAGUGUCGUGUCAGUCUUGCAGGACAAGACCAACAACGUCAUUGAUCUGUACAGAGACAUCACGCGAGCCGUGGAAGAGCUCUCGACCUGCCCCUACACGACUGAAGCGUUUACUGAGCUCCUUGGCAAGAUUCAAGCAGCGAUCGAUCGACUCAACCUCGAGGGAUACGCAAACCUGGAACAGUGGGUGGCUGAGCUAGACCAACGCAUUGAAGGCAUUCUACUGCAACGCCUGGUCCAGACCAUCCAACUCUGGUGCACAGAAUUCGAUCGGAACGAAGAGACCGAGCGCCGUGAACCGCUGGUAUUGAGGGACAUCACGAACAAGCGUCGUGGGGACAAACGCGUGAAAGAAGAGAAGCCUGUCGAGGGAACGUUGACCCUGAAGCCGAUCGUGCACGAAAUCCGGAUUCAAAAUCAGGUCAUCUUCCUGGAUCCGCCUAUCGAACAUGCACGGCAGAAUUGGAUCCGGCAAUUGCAUGACUGGCUGGGCGUCGUGUGUCGUCUGCGGAGAAUUCUAAGCUCUCGCUAUGAGAUCGGUCUGCAGAUGCAGGGUCAUACAACAACCGAAUCGACAUAUACAUCGCUGUUGACGCACUUCACCGAUGCAACUCUGGACAGACCAUUCAUGCUCAUUGAGCAGAAGAUUCAGCAACUGAAGGAAUACGUCGCCAAAUGGCUACAGUUCCAAUCGCUUUGGGACCUCGAAACCGAAUACGUAUUUUCGCGACUCGGGGACUCGCUCGCGAAUUGGCAACAACUGCUAACGGAGAUCAAGAAGGCACGAUCGACAUUCGACACGUCGGACACGCAGAAGUCGUUUGGCGUAUGCGUCAUCGACUACGAGCAGGUGCAGGCACGGGUGAACGCCAAGUACGACGCAUGGCAGCGGGACAUCCUCAGUAGGUUCGGUGUCAAGUUGGGCAAUGCGAUGAAGGAGAUGCACGCGACGAUUUUGAAGGCGCGGAACGACCUCGAGCACCAGUCGAUAGAAGGCUUGGUGGGGGUCCCGCGGCGAUUCUAGGAUGUGACUUUUGUGAUUGUAUAGGUACUGCCCCUGCGUCAUUCCUUUGCUUUUUAUUCCUUUCUCCCCCCUGGUCGCCCAGCAUCCAUCCGCAUAUGCAUGUCACUCAUACACUACUGUUAGAUACCACCAGCUGUUUCCUAGCUUACGCACACCAUGACUGUAUAA